CGCCCUGACUCCUCCCUCAGGGGCGGAGACAAGCGGGGCCCAAAAUGGCGGCCAGCCGCUACCGGCGUCUUCUUAAGCUUUGUGAGGAAUGGCCAGUGGACGAGACCAAACGGGGCCGGGACUUGGGCGCUUAUCUGCGGCAGCGGGUAGCGCAGGCCUUUCGGGAGGGAGAGAACACCCAGAUUGCAGAGCCUGAGGCCUGUGAUCAGAUGUAUGAGAGCUUAGCACGGCUCCAUUCAAACUACUACAAACACAAGUACCCUCGCCCCAGAGACACAAGCUUCAGCGGCCUGUCCCUGGAAGAAUACAAGCUGAUCCUGUCCACAGAUACCUUGGAAGGGCUUAAGGAGCUGAAUAAAGGCACGUGGAAGAAGCUGCAGGAGAAGUUUGCCCCCAGGGACCCUGAGGAGAAGCACAAAGCCUGGGCUCGGGCCUUAUCGCGCCCGCGUAGCUAAGCGUGAAGUGCUGUACGUCGCCAUCAUCAAUAAAAUGCCCUGAUUUCCCUGUC